AUGACUCUCCUCCUUUCUUCUUCGUCUUCCUCCCAUGCCUUGAGAGUCAUCAUUUCACUCUCUUUCUCCUUCUUUCUCUGCAAUGGCUUCUCCUACUCUUCUUCUUCACUCUUCAACACCCAUCACCAUCGUCACCACUUCGCCAAGCACAAUUACAAAGACGCUCUCACCAAAUCCAUCCUCUUCUUCGAAGGCCAAAGGUCUGGGAAGCUUCCUUCUAACCAGAGAAUGUCUUGGAGAAGAGACUCUGGUCUCUCUGAUGGCUCUGCUCUUCAUGUGGACUUGGUUGGAGGAUACUAUGAUGCAGGAGACAACAUCAAAUUUGGAUUCCCAAUGGCAUUCACAACAACAAUGCUCUCAUGGAGUGUAAUUGAAUUCGGUGGACUCAUGAAAUCUGAAUUACCAAACGCUAAAAUAGCGAUUCGUUGGGCCACAGAUUAUCUUCUUAAAGCCACUUCACAUCCUGACACUAUUUAUGUUCAAGUUGGUGAUGCAAACAAAGACCAUGCUUGUUGGGAAAGACCAGAAGACAUGGAUACACAAAGAAGUGUGUUUAAAGUAGACAAGAACACUCCUGGUUCUGAUGUCGCUGCUGAAACCGCCGCAGCUCUCGCCGCCGCAGCCAUUGUUUUCAGGAAAUCUGAUCCUUCUUACUCCAAGAUCCUCCUCAAACGAGCCAUUAGGGUGUUUGCAUUUGCGGACAAAUAUAGAGGAACAUACAGUGCAGGAUUGAAACCAGAUGUUUGUCCAUUUUACUGUUCUUACUCUGGUUAUCAGGAUGAGUUGUUGUGGGGAGCUGCUUGGUUACAAAAAGCAACAAAGAAUCUAAAAUAUUUGAAUUACAUAAAAACCAAUGGACAAAUCCUUGGAGCUGCUGAGUAUGAUAACACUUUUGGUUGGGAUAACAAGCAUGCUGGUGCCAGAAUUCUUCUUACAAAGGCGUUUCUGGUUCAGAAUGUGAAGACACUUCAUGAAUACAAAGGUCAUGCUGAUAAUUUCAUUUGCUCUGUUAUUCCUGGAGCUCCUUACUCUUCUUCUCAGUAUACUCCAGGUGGAUUAUUGUUUAAAUUGGCAGACGCCAACAUGCAAUACGUAACGUCAACAUCGUUCUUGCUCUUGACCUACGCCAAAUAUUUAACCUCCGCCAGAACCGUCGUCCAUUGCGGUGGCUCCGUCUACACUCCCGGUCGCAUUCGCUCUAUUGCCAAAAGACAGGUGGAUUAUCUACUUGGAGACAACCCAUUAAGAAUGUCUUACAUGGUUGGUUACGGCCCAAAAUUCCCACGGCGAAUCCACCACCGUGGCUCCUCCUUACCUUGCGUUGCAAGCCAUCCAGCAAAGAUCCAGUGCCACGAAGGCUUCUCCAUCAUGAACUCUCAAUCUCCAAACCCUAACUUCCUGGUCGGUGCAGUUGUUGGUGGUCCGGACCAGCACGAUCGCUUCCCGGACGAACGGUCUGACUAUGAGCAGUCUGAGCCAGCUACUUACAUCAAUGCACCACUCGUUGGAGCUCUUGCCUAUUUCGCUCACUCCUAUGGUCAACUCUAG